AUGCCUAUUGACGUUGAAGUUUGUAUUAUAGGUGCAGGAGCUGCAGGACUUAAGGCUGCACACACAUUACUUACAAAGUCUGACAGUCUUACUCAAAAUGAUAUCAUAGUAGUGGAAGCUCAAGAUAGAGUUGGUGGUAGACUUUACACCGAUCGUACAUCGUCCAAAAUUGGGCUUCAUUAUGACUUGGGUGCCUCUUGGUUCCAUGACUGUCUCAGUAACGUAGUGUUCCAACAUUUUUAUUCUGGUGAAGGUGAAGGUGACAAGGAAAUUUUUGAUAUCUUGAGCGAUGGGUACUUUGAUGACAAGCCAGUGAAAGUAUUCCUGAGUGAUGAGAUUGCUGAAAUCGAUAUGCAUAAGACAAAUAUGGAAACCAUAACCAAUGAUAUUGAAAGCUUUUGUGAGCUUUACUUCAUUGAUAAGCUUUCCACGGAUGAGGAUAUCACUUUGAAACAGUUGGUAGAACUUUAUAUUCAAAAGUAUAGCAAGAUUUUAACUGAACAAGAGAAAAAAUACGCCAAAGUGACCAUGAGAUACUAUGAACUUUGGCAUGGAGUGUCUUGGGACAGACUUAGUGCUAGGUAUGCCGUAUUGGAUCACAACGGAAGAGAUUUAUUUAAUAAGAAGGGUUACGACUUCUUGAUCAACUGGUUGCUUCAGAUUGGAAUUUCUAGGGAUAGAGUCUUACUAAACUCUCCUGUAUCCAAGAUAUACAGAGAUGCUUCAAAAUUAGUAGGAAACCGCAGACACAGAAAAUGUGCUGUAGAGAUUAGGGGAUCAAGUGAACUUAUCUAUUGCGACUAUUUGGUGGUAACUGUUCCUCAGAGUAUACUUUCUUUGGAUCAUAAAGUAGAGCCUAAUUAUGGAAUUGAAUGGGUGCCAGUAUUGCCAGCCAGCAUGCAGACUGCCUUGAAAAAUAUUCAUUUCGGGGCAUUGGGUAAAGUCAUAUUUGAAUUUGAUUCAGUUUGGUGGAAUAAGAACCAAGAUAGGUUCUUCAUCUUGGCAGAUGAAAAUGUUGCUACUGAUGGUAUCGAAACAUUGACUAGUUUACCUAAACCUUUCAGCUUUCCAGCCCUAGCAAUCAACAGUUCUAAUAUCCAUAAAUCGGACAAGGGAAGUUUGAUCAUUCUUACUCAAACCCCAUUGACUGAAUAUUUGGAGAGCAAUCCAGACCAAGCUUGGUCAUACUAUGGGCCUAUGUUGGCAAGAAUCUCUUCAACCCCAUAUUCACCUCCACCAGCACCAAUCAACACCAUUACCACAAAGUGGACCACCAAUCCAUAUAUUCGCGGUUCCUACGUAGCUUGCUACAAAGGAGAUGAUCCAACGGAGAUAAUUUCUCAGCUUUCUGGAGAAAUUGAUGGUAUGGGCUUAAGUAGCUCAACUAUCAGGUUUGCGGGUGAACACACUUCCUUUGAAGGAGAAGGAUGUGUCCAUGGAGCUUGGAUGAGUGGAAUGAGAGAAGCCGAAUGGAUUUUGAAGCACUCAGGUAGGGGAGAAGUAACUAAAAAGUUGGACAAAUGGAGAUUAUAA